CUGUUGCAGUUCAGCUGAAGAAUAUACGCAUGUCUGAGAUGAAACGAGGGAGGAAGAAAGAAGAGGAGCGACAGGAAGGAAGAGAGGAGGAGCGAAUCGAUCGCCGGCCAUAGCUCGAUUCCAAGCAAAACCCUAAAACCCUGCACCGGCGGAGCCGACGAACCCCCGCCGCCGCGCGAUUGCGAUGGCUCAGCCGCCGCCCGGCCAUUACCCGAUCUACCCGCCGGUCCCGCCGCCGCUGAACCCCGUGCCCGUCCCCGUGUACGGCCAUCACAUGCCCUGGCCCAUGCCCAUGCCCGUGCCCGUGCCGCCGCCGCCGCCGCCGCCGGUCCCCGCCCCGGUGCCGAUGUACGCCGGCGCGCCGGCCAACGCGGCCGGCUCGAAGCGCCGCCGCGACGAGGGCGGGGCGGGGGCCGGGGCGGACGCGGCGGAGGACGAGUCGUCGGCGGCGAAGCGCCAGGCCGUGGCGCAGGACGUCAUAUUCAGGAUCGUGGUCCCGUCCCGGCAGAUCGGGAAGGUGAUCGGCAAGGAAGGGUGCCGCAUCCAGAAGAUCCGGGAGGAGACCAAGGCCACGGUCAAGAUCGCCGACGCCAUCGUUAGACAUGAAGAGCGUGUAAUUAUUAUAAGUUCUAAGGACAAUGACAACAAUGUUACUGAUGCAGAAAAUGCCCUACAGGAAAUAGCUACCUUGAUCCUUAAGGAAGACGAUGGUAAUUCUGAGGCAUCAAAAGUUGGUGCGGUGCAUGUGGCUGCCAAUACAUUACGGCUUUUGAUUGCUGGAACUCAAGCAGGAAGUCUGAUUGGGAUGUCUGGACAGAAUAUUGAGAAACUAAGGAGUUCUUCUGGUGCUACAAUAACAAUUUUAGCUCCAAAUCAGUUGCCAUUAUGUGCAUCUGCUCUUGAAUCUGAUAGAGUAGUACAGAUCUCAGGUGACAUCCCUGCAGUGCUUAAGGCUCUGGAGGAGAUAGGACGUCAGCUGAGGGAGAAUCCACCGCGACAAGUGAUCUCCAUCAGCCCGGCAUACAAUUAUAAUUUGAUUCGUCCAGCUCAACCAUAUGUUGAUCCUAAUUCAGCUGAUUAUGUGACGUUCGAGAUGCUGAUAUCGGAAACACUAGUUGGAGGUUUGAUAGGUAGGAGUGGCUCCAACAUAUCAAGGAUAAGAAAUGAGUCUGGAGCAACGAUCAAGGUUUAUGGUGGAAAAGGCGAGCAGAAGCAUAGGCAGAUCCAGUUUGGUGGUACUGCUCAACAGGUGGCACUGGCCAAACAGAGAGUUGAUGAGUACAUCUACUCUCAAUUAACGCAAGUGGAUGCUCAACAGCUUAUUUAAAAUAUCCUGUUCCAUAGGACCUUUACUUCACCUGUAGAUUGUAGUGAUUGGUAGUUGGAUGGGAUUGCCUUACAUCCACUAGCUUGUUCCUUUUUAGUGUGGUCACAUAAUUUUGGCAGGCAGGGCUUGAUGUUCUGGUAGUAUUUUGCAUGUUUGUUUAUGACCAUAAGUUAGAGGUGUUCUGAAAGAUGUUAGAGCUUUUCCCUUUUCUUUUGUAACAUGAUGUUUCAGCAUGACUCUGCAUCUCUUUGGAAACAAGUUUUCUGUAUCAUGCCUCCAUUGUACAGAUUUUAAAUCUCCAUGAGGUUCUUUGGUCUCUCUC